UGUCCCACCACCAGUUAAAGAACUGUGAAAAAGAGACGACGGAUUGUUCUGCCGUGUUACUGCCCUUUCACACUGUUGAUACUUUGCUCGGCGAAGAUGACGUCGUCGCUUACGGAGCUUGACGAUGAUUUGGUUCGCUGCAUGUCCAUAGGAGCCGUCUUCUCCGAAUUCGGUGGGAAGAUACAUUCCAUUGAUUUCCAUCGAAAGGAUGAUUUACUUGUCACGGCAAGUGAGGAUGACUCAGUUCGACUUUAUGACAUCGCUAAUGCCAAGUUGCUGAAGACUACUUCUCAUAAGAAACAUGGUACAGAUAGGAUAUGCUUUACUCAUCAUCCAAGCUCUGUUAUAUGCUCUUCAAAAUACAAUUUGGAGUCUACUGGAGAAUCAUUGCGAUACUUAUCAAUGUAUGAUAACCGAUGCAUAAGAUACUUCAAAGGGCACACACAGAGGGUUGUUUCUCUUUGCAUGUCUCCAAUCAAUGAUAGCUUCAUGUCUGGUUCUCUAGACCACAGUGUCAGGAUAUGGGAUCUUCGAGUAAAUGCUUGCCAGGGCAUCUUACGUCUACGUGGUAGACCUGCUGUGGCAUAUGACCAACAAGGCCUUGUCUUUGCUGUAGCAAUGGAAGGGGGGGCUAUUAAAUUAUUCGAUUCUCGUUCUUAUGACAAGGGUCCAUUUGACACCUUUCUAGUUGGUGGUGACACAGCUGAAGUUUGUGAUAUCAAAUUCAGUAAUGAUGGCAAAUCAAUGCUUUUAACUACUACUAAUAACAAUAUUUAUAUUCUUGAUGCAUAUGGAGGAGAAAAGCGUUGUGGGUUUAGUUUGGAAGCAUCUCCUGGUACUCCUAUAGAGGCUACUUUUACCCCAGAUGGGAAAUACAUGGUGGCAGGUAUUAACAUUUCAUCUAUUCACAAUUUAGCUUUUUAAAACUUUUCUUUUUCG